ACUCUCCAUUUGUCAUUCCCACACUUUUGGCCUCCUUUUCAAGCGAUAAGAGUAUACACCACUUCCCUCAAACACAACAAUCACUUUCUCCUUCUCUUUCUCUAUUUCUCCCUGAUCCCAUUUUCAACCAUUAACACUUUCUUUUCAAUCUUUCCUCUUAUGGAAAAUCAUCAGCCUUCCUACAAUUCCAGAUUCCGACGUGUCUGUGUCUUCUGCGGUAGCAGCCCUGGAAAGAAUCCUAGCUACCAGCUUGCUGCUAUCCAACUUGGUCAGCAACUGGUGGAGAGGAACAUUGACUUGGUUUAUGGAGGAGGAAGCAUUGGUCUGAUGGGUCUGGUCUCUCAAGCUGUUUACGAUGGUGGUCGCCACGUGUUAGGAGUGAUUCCAAAGACUCUCAUGCCAAGAGAGAUAACAGGGGAAACAGUAGGCGAAGUAAGAGCAGUAUCAGGCAUGCAUCAGCGCAAAGCAGAAAUGGCUCGUCAAGCUGAUGCAUUUAUAGCCUUACCAGGUGGUUAUGGAACCUUGGAAGAACUGUUGGAGGUCAUAACAUGGGCUCAGCUUGGAAUCCAUGAUAAACCGGUUGGGCUAUUGAACGUUGAUGGCUACUACAACUCACUGUUAUCAUUCAUUGACAAAGCUGUUGAUGAAGGUUUCAUUGCUCCAGCUGCCCGUCACAUUAUUGUUUCUGCCCAAUCUGCCCAUGAACUCAUGUGCAAGCUCGAGGAAUAUGAAGCUAGGCACAAUGGGGUGGCCUCUAAGCUAAGUUGGGAGAUGGAGCAACAAUUAGGCUACAAAUUAAAGUCAGACAUUGCUAGUUGAGAUUCUCGUUUUUAUAUGUUAAAUUAAGGAUUAGUUAGUUGAUUUUCUAAAAUUUAAUAUACACAAAGCUAAAUAUAUAGAUGAGAUAAUAAAAAAAAAAGAAAAAAAAAAAGAGGGAAUUAUGCCACAGUUCUUUUAAUCAGCUGUGGAUCAUGCUUUUAUUUUAUUUUUCUUUUGGCAGAAUAAUUAUUAGAAUUUUUUUUUUAUGUAAUUUUGUUAAUUAGUGUCUGUCUGUCUUGGAUAAACAAUAUUAAUUGUAUAAUUAUGUAUUUUAA